UUUCUUCUCGCGCCGCAGUCCUUUAUAUUCUAAAACCCCGACCAAGGAUCCUCUGUGCUGUAUUGUUCUAAAACCCUAGCGCCGCAAACUUUUCUCCCUCGCUCGCUCGUUCUCUCUCGUUAUCUUGUUGGUGACAGAAAUGAGACCUCCUCGAGGCCGCGGUGGUGGUGGUGGAUUUAGGGGCAGGGGUGAUGGAGGAAGGGGUGGUAGAGGUAGAGGCGGUGGUGGAGGUAGAGGUGGUGGUGGAGGCAGAGGUAUGGCAAGCCGUGGUGGUGGUCGCGGAGGUGGAAGAGGUCGCGGUGGAGGAAGAGGCGGUGGUAUGAAAGGUGGAAGCAAAGUUGUGAUUGAACCUCACAGACAUGAAGGCAUUUUCAUAGCCAAGGGCAAGGAAGAUGCUCUUGUCACUAAGAAUAUGGUCAGUGGUGAAUCAGUCUACAAUGAGAAGAGGAUAUCCGUACAGAAUGAAGAUGGAACUAAAGUUGAAUACAGAGUUUGGAACCCAUUCAGGUCCAAGUUGGCAGCUGCAGUUCUUGGUGGUGUUGAUGACAUAUGGAUUAAACCUGGUGCUCGAGUGUUGUAUCUUGGUGCCGCUUCAGGAACAACAGUAUCGCAUGUCUCAGAUGUUGUUGGGCCUACUGGUAUAGUGUAUGCCGUGGAAUUCUCUCACAGAAGUGGUAGAGAUUUGGUCAACAUGGCGAAGAAGCGCACAAAUGUUAUACCCAUCAUUGAAGAUGCCAGACACCCUGCAAAAUACCGAAUGUUGGUUGGCAUGGUGGAUGUGAUAUUUUCAGAUGUUGCUCAGCCGGAUCAGGCUAGAAUUUUGGCACUUAAUGCAUCGUAUUUUCUCAAAGCCGGUGGCCAUUUUGUUAUAUCAAUCAAGGCCAACUGUAUCGACUCAACCGUUCCAGCAGAGGCAGUGUUUGCAAGUGAGGUGAAUAAGCUAAAAGCAGAUCAGUUCAAACCCACCGAGCAAGUUACUCUCGAACCAUUCGAGCGAGAUCAUGCUUGUGUUGUCGGUAUCUAUCGGGCACCAAAGAAACAGAAGCCCGCUGCGUAGUUUAUCAUUGUUUCUUAUUACUACUUUGUAGUUUAUCACUGGAGGCUCUGUUUUUGAUAACUUGGGUGAUCAAUGUCGGACAUAAUGUAGCUUUGUUUUUGCUCUCUCUUGUUUCUUCUGUUCGAAGUAAUGUAAUUUUAUUUGAUGAGUUAUGAGUUUACUCUUGUUUAAUUGUUGUUGAAGCAUAUACUCUUGGGUUGGUUAAAGGUGGAAUUUCAUUCAUUAGAUUGAAAAGAUGGCUAA